AUGUCUGGGACCCCUCCAGUCUCCAGUUCCUUCGUGUUUGGGGACUAUGUGGUUUUUGCUCUGAUGCUGUUGAUGUCUGCAGCUGUGGGGGUGUACUAUGCCUGGACAGACCGGCACCGGCAGAGUUCUGGGGACUUUCUGAUGGGAGGCCGGACACUCAGCGCUCUUCCUGUGGCCAUGUCCCUGACAGCCAGCUUCAUGUCCGCCAUUACUGUACUGUCUACCCCAGCUGAGGUGUACCGUUAUGGAUCCAUUAUUGGCUUUUCCUGUAUUUCUUAUGUGUUGGCAAUGACAGUGACAUCUGAGAUCUUCCUCCCAGUUUUCUAUAGACUGGGCAUUACAAGCACAAAUGAGUAUUUAGAGCUGCGUUUCAACAGAGCCACUCGUCUUUUGGGUACAGUGUUAUUCAUUGUGCAGACUGUGCUUUAUACUGGGAUAGUUAUUUAUACCCCUGCCCUAGCUUUAACUCAAGUAACAGGAAUGGAUCUAUGGGGUGCUGUUGUGUCCACGGGACUAGUUUGCACCUUCUACUGUACAUUGGGUGGUCUGAAGGCAGUGGUGUGGACUGAUGUCUUUCAGGUCGCUGUCAUGUUGGCAGGUUUUCUCGCUGUCAUUGUUCGUUCUGUGGCUUUAAAAGGAGGCAUAUUUCCCAUCAUCAAAGAUUCACAAGAAGGAGGGAGACUUGACAUGUGGGAGUUUGACCUGAAUCCUUUGAGACGACACACUUUCUGGACCGUUACCAUCGGUGCAACAUUCGUAUGGUCCAGUAUUUAUGGGAUCAACCAGUCCCAAGUUCAAAGAUACAUUUCCUGCAAAAGCCUCACUCAGGCCAGACUAUCUUUGUAUGUAAACCUGCUGGGCUUGUGGGUGAUAAUGUUGAGCUCAGUAUUUGCUGGACUGUGUCUGUAUUCUGUCUAUAAGAGCUGUGACCCCUGGACCUCUGGACUCAUCUCUGCCCCAGAUCAGCUGAUGCCAUAUUUAGUAAUGGACAUUUUAGGAGGAUACCCUGGACUUCCUGGGUUGUUUGUAGCAGCAGCAUACAGUGGGUCAUUGAGCACAGUGUCCUCCAGUAUUAACGCUCUGGCUGCAGUGACAGUAGAAGAUUUAAUCAAGCCAAAUACAAAACUGUCAGAGAAAUGGCUGUCCUGGAUUUCCAAAGGACUCAGCUUAUUGUAUGGAGUCUUGUGCAUUGGAAUGGCAGCACUGGCUUCUCUUAUGGGAGGAAUUUUACAGGCUGCCAUCAGUGUAUUUGGGGUCAUUGGAGGUCCACUGCUAGGCCUUUUCGUGUUGGGUAUUCUCUGCCCCAUUGCCAACUCAAAAGGUGCACUAUCAGGCCUGGUUUUAGGUUUUGCCUUGUCUCUCUGGGUUUCCAUUGGCUCCCACAUUUACCCACCUCCUUCUGAACUGGUGCGCCCACUGCCUCUAACCACUGCAGGCUGUAACUUCACUGCAGAGAUUCAAAACUGGACAUUCACCAUGGCCCCAACUGAGGCUAUUUCAGUUACUACACUUGAGCAAGAUAUAGGAAGCAGGUCUCCUUUGGUGGACAAGUGGUACUCCUUUUCAUACAUGUACUUCAGUCCCAUUGGAACCAUAACUGUCAUCUGUGUGGGGCUUUUAGUGAGCUUACUUUCAGGAGGAAAAAAACAAAAAGUGGAAUCAAAGCUUACUAUAAUGAAGGAAGACACAACUUUAUUUUAUGUGUACAAAUACAUCAAACACAGAGUUCUAGGCAAGAAUGUACAACUGAACAUAGCAAGCACCAGGGUCAGCAAAGUACAAGGAAAAACAAAUCUUGCAUUUGUUGAUGUUGAACUGAACUCACCAGAAUAAAUGUAUGAAUAUUUC